CCAAUCAGGAUGGCCAAAUCGGGACCAAUCAUAACAUUGAACAAGCUUAUCCGCUGCAGUCCUGUCGUUCACCCGCUUCUGCUCAAGCCGUCUCUUCUUUAUCCGAGAUGCCCAGGUCCCUUAUUCUUCCAGUAACUGCUGCUGCACUUGCGAUCGGAGCUUCUGCCAUCUACCUCGGACAUAAAUAUUAUUUUUCCGGUGGAAAAUGCUACAUUCAGGGUCGCUUGGAUGGCAAGAUUGCCAUAGUCACCGGCGCCAACUCCGGUAUAGGCUUGGAAACGUGUGGAGAGCUGGCUAGACGCGGUGCGACAGUCAUCAUGGCCGCGAGGUCUAUGGCUAGACUGGAGGAAGCAAAAGCUGAACUGCUCAGGCGAUAUUCCACCGGCGAAAGGGCUCUAUCCAUGAACCUAGCAAGUUCGAGUCUCAAGUCGUCGAUAACUCACGUUAGGUCGGAUCAGGCGAGUUUGCCUCCUUUAAAGUUACUUUCCUAA